CAGCUUCGAAUCCCUCAUCAUCAUCAUCAUCAACCAAAACAACAUUCAAGAUGGCGGACUGCAAUGGUAGCAAGUGGUGUACAGAAAUCGAAGCUGAACUUAUUGAAGAAGUGAGGCAAAGGCGAUGUUUAUGGGAUAUUACAGAUCCCAGUUACACCAAAAAACUUCUGAAGCGGAAUGCAUAUAUCACAAUCGCCCAGCAUCUCGCAGACAAAUGGCCUGAAUAUGGACAUAUGUUUACGCCUGAGACUGUGAUGACAAAAUUUCAGAACCUCAGGACAUAUUUUAGGAAGGAAAGAAAAAAGGCGAAGCUGUUUAAAAGUGGAACAGGAUCCACUGGAUUUGUUCCAAAGUGGGAACAUUAUGUACGGCUUCAAUUUUUAGACGACUCUUUUGCUGCUAUGGCCAGUUGUAGCAAUAUGGAUAAUUCAUCUGAGUGUAUUGUAAUGAAUUUUGUUCAAGAAACUGAAACGUUUUCAGAAGAAAGUGUUCUUCCUCCUACAAGCACAGAAGAAACAUGCAAUCUAUUAGAAACCCCCAAAAUGUCUGGAAGUCAAUUGGUUGCUCCAGGCACAAGCAAAAAAAGAAAAAAACCUGAAGAUGAAUUUUUUACUACAAUGACAAAAUGUCUAAAAAACAUAACAGAAGAGAAAGAUGUGAACGACUUGUUUGGAGCGUAUGUUGCUGGUCAGCUGAAGACAGUAAAGUGUCCUGCUGAUCAGGAACUGUUACGGAUGAAAAUUCAAAAUUUGAUUUAUGAAUUCAAAUAUCCACAAUAAAAUUCUGUUAAACAUGAA